ACUGAUUGGAUGAGGCCAUUGCUGCCCCUUUCUCAGUCCGCUAUCACAGGCCGUGCCUGCACACAGCCCCGGUGUAGAUGCUCGUGCACGGCUCCAGGGUCACUGCGGUGUGACAUUUCUGGUUGUCACCUUUGGACGGCAUGUACUUAUUACUGCACGCUAUGAAUGAUUGAUCGCGCAGAUUAGCUUGUAGUUUAAUGAUUACUGCUGAUUGGGUGGCAUCUAGUUAGUGAUUGCUGUGACGGGCAGCAGGGCAGAUCGGGGAUGUCUGGCAUCAUCAGGCUUCCAUGCAGGAUGGCAUCCACCUGUGCCUCAUCUCUGCUGCGCUCUGCUGCCUAUGUGGGGGGCUCAUGGCUACAGUCAUCGGACUCCAAAACUUUUCCGGUUUUGGAUCCGGCAACUGGCACAGAACUGGUUCAGGUUGCAGACUGUGGACCCAAAGAAUGCAAGGAAGCGGUGAAGGUGGCAGCCGAAGCCUUCCAGUCCUGGAGAGAGGUGUCCAGUAAGGAAAGAAGCCUCCUCUUACGUAAGUGGUAUGACCUGAUGAUCCAGAACAAAGACGAGCUGGCUCAACUUAUUACAGCUGAAAAUGGAAAGCCUGCAAAAGAAGCCCUGGGAGAAAUACUCUACGCAGCAGGAUUCCUAGAGUGGUUUUCAGAGGAGGCACGUCGCAUAUACGGGGAUGUGAUUCCUGUGCCUAUGAAAGACCGCCGUGCGUUAGUCCUCAAACAACCUGUUGGAGUUGCCUCCAUUAUAACCCCAUGGAAUUUCCCCAGUGCCAUGAUCACAAGGAAGGUCGGUGCUGCCUUAGCUGCUGGCUGUACAGUUGUAGUUAAGCCAGCAGAAGAUACCCCAUUGUCUGCCUUGGCACUUGCAGAGCUUGCUCACCAGGCUGGGAUCCCGGCAGGAGUAUAUAAUGUUGUGCCUUGUUCACGGGAGAGGGCUCCAGCAGUCGGAGAAGUUCUCUGCACAGAUCCAUCUGUAGCCAAAAUAUCUUUUACAGGGUCCACUGCAACAGGAAAGAUCCUACUUCGGUAUGCAGCGGAUUCUGUGAAGAGGGUGUCUAUGGAGCUUGGAGGACAUGCUCCAUUUAUUGUUUUUGACAGUGCAGAUGUUGACAAAGCUGCUGCUGGAGCUCUUGCCUCUAAAUUCCGCAAUUCUGGACAGACUUGUGUCUGCACAAACAGAUUCCUUGUUCAGAAAGGAAUACACAAUGCAUUUGUGAAAAAGCUGUCAGAGCUAAUGGCCAAAGAAUUACGCGUUGGAAAUGGAUUUGAUGAAGGUGUCACCCAGGGACCCCUCAUCAAUGAGAAAGCUGUGGACAAGGUGGAGCACCAUGUAAAGGAUGCAGUUUCUCAAGGAGCUAAGGUUGUAGCAGGUGGCAAGCGAUCUGAUGUUGGAAAGAACUUCUAUGAGCCGACUUUGCUGGACAACGUUACCACACAGAUGCUUUGUGCUAAAGAGGAAACCUUUGGACCUCUAGCGCCUGUCAUCAGGUUUGACACUGAAGAGGAGGCCAUUGCAAUUGCAAAUUCUGCCAAUGUAGGCUUAGCAGGUUACUUCUAUUCCCAGGACCCAGCACAAAUCUGGCGAGUGGCUGAACGUCUAGAAGUCGGCAUGGUGGGGGUUAAUGAAGGAUUGCUGUCAUCAGUUGAGUGUCCAUUUGGUGGUGUGAAGCAGUCAGGCCUUGGAAGAGAAGGAUCCAAAUAUGGCAUUGAUGAGUAUUUAGAAGUUAAAUACGUUUGCUUUGGAGGUCUAUAGCAAGAUAGGGUAGUGUGACCAUAGCACUACAGGGUUACAAUAGGUCAGAGGGGUUUAUGUUUCCACAAGUGAAUAGAUUACUCCAUAGAAGUCUGACUUCUAAAUAUAACUGUGGAUAAGUUCUAUAUUACCAGAAGUUAUUGAUUUGAACCUCAUGUAUCUAAACUGUCUCAAAGGAAAAGUUGAGCACUGGUAAGAUGCUACAAGCAACAAGACCUCUUUUCCUGUGCAAUACACAAGGCUUACUGGCUUAAAGGAGAACUCCAGCCAAAACAAAUGUAUCCCCUAACCACAGUAGGGGGUCCAACCGAUGGGACUCCCGUGAUCUCCGAAACGAGACCUGAUGAAUGUGUGCUCCUCAUUCAUUUCUAUUGUAGCGCCGAAGAGACGAGAGUACAGCACUCGGGCAUCUCCGGCGCUCCCAUAGAAAUGAAUGGAGCGUGUGCCGUCUACUGGUAAAGGACACAUGCUCCUCACUGACAGUUGGGGCCCACUGCGGAGAUUAUGAUCGGUCCAACUGCUGCGGAUAGGGAAUAAGUUAGUUUUUUCCGGAGUUCUCCUUUUAAUGUUAUUUACCCUAAUGGAUUGUGAUGUGUUGUAAAGUCUGUAUACCAUUCUUAGAUCAGAAGUUGUAACAGAAUCUAUAAUAGAUGUAUAUGGAACACACCAUCAUUUUGUCCACGCUGCUAAUUUUCAGCAAGAUAUGAAAAUAUGAAGUGAAUGCUCAACAUUAAACACCUUUUUUUUUUCUUCUGGAUAUAAAUAGUUUUUAUGUCACAGAAGUUUAAAUACCCUGGAUAAACUGAGAAUUAAAGAGUUAUGUUAAUCUUUAUAAAGUGAUGACAUUUCACUUGGAUAUACAAUAGCUUUGUUUGGUGGGGUCGACCUCUGGGACCCCACCAAUCCUGAGAAUAAAUGCUGGCGUAGCAUUGCUUCCCCUUCUGAGUUUACCCUGCACAGUGGUGCUUCUGGCCAUCCAGUUGUGCAGGCAACAGCAGCCUCCAAUUUCACAAGAUGGUUUAUCUUGGUGAAAUAUUGUAACUGUAGAAGAUGAAAAUACAAGUGAUGAUAAAGUUUGCCAGCAGCCACCACUAAGAAGAGCUUAGAAAUUCCAGAAAUAGAGUUCUAAUCAUUUUAAAGAUCUUAUAAAAUUGUUGCAAUUGACACAAAAUGUCGGAACUAAAAGCAAUAUGUUGUUAAAAGGUAGACUAUCACUCAUCUAUUUUUAUUAGGGGUAAACGUGUCUUUCCUGUACUGUGUUGUAACCUGCUAAGUGGCAGCGGUCUAGCUUGCAUCAUAGUUCCAUUUUUGUUGGUUUGUGUCUCAAGGUAUGUUAAUGUAUUACAUGUCGUCCAAAAGGGGUAGUAGCACUCUAGGAAGCCUUCCUGAACUGGUAGUACCAGGCUGCUACUGCUUUGCUUUUUACCUGGCUGGUUAUGGAGCAGAGGGGGCACCCCACAAACAUUUAAAAUGUUUAGAUUAGAGUGUUAUUUGUGAACUUUUUUGAAUGUCUACAUUUUCAUGUGCCAAAUAGUUGUAUUAUUUUAAUUUAUCUGAAGCCUAAUGAAGUCUGAUGGCAAAAAAAAUAAAUAAUAAAAAAAAAAUGUAUGGGGUUACCUGGCAUUUUGCUAAAAUUUAUAUCAUGCUGCAAAAAAUAAUACUUAUCUAGCACUGACACACUUAGCUGAGCCAGCAGGUCCUGCAACGAAUGCUCAUCUCAGAUCAAGGGACUGGGUGAAGGCUUGGGGGACUAAGUAUGUAUAGGGGGGUUUUUUAUGUUAGUUUUUCUGGCCUCAACAGAAUAUUAGUUUUUGAAAAACUCUGGGUAACCCAUAUAAAUGAUUUGCAGAAAAGCACAAAUACAAACCUUAGUGUAAUGAAGACUCAUGUGAAAAUUCCAAGGUCAAAGAAUGUACCCUGAGAGGACCGACUUAUUCAUCAAGCACAGUAUGGUCCCAGGUACUUGCUGCUUCCAUUGUUAAGUGACCAUUGGUAUUUCAUUUAAAGGAUUGACCCUUGUGAUCAGUGGUUCAGUCAUCUGUACCAUUGACAAUGUAGAAGAACAUCUGGAGGUCAAGAAAAGUCUGCUAGCUGCUGUGUAACCAUGGACAGUGAAGGCAGAUGACUGCGAUGGCUGACACUGGAAAAUCCAUUUCUAAACCUAAUUUUCCCCAUACCUUAAAGGGGUACUCCGGUGGAAAACUUGUCAGGAACUGUCCAGAGCAGGAGAAAAUCCCCAUUGCAAACCUAUGCUGCUCUGGACAGUUCCUGACAUGGACAGAGGUGUCAGCAGAGAGCACUGUGAACAAGACAAAAAAGAAAUUCAAAAAGAAAAGAAUUUCCUCUGUAGCAUAAAGCUGCUAAAAAGUACUGGAAGGGUAAAGAUUUUUUAAUAGAAGUAAUUUACAAAUCUGUUUUUACCUUUCUGGCACCAGUUGAUUUAAAAAAAAUUUAAUAUUUUCCACCUGAGUACCCCUUUAAAGGGGUAAUCCGCCCCUAGACAUCUUAUCCCCUAUCCAAAGGAUAUGGGAUAAGAUGUCUGAUCGCUGCGGUCCCGCUGCUGGGGA